UUCUGUACCAUCAGAUGCUCUAAUUUCCAGGAAAGAGGCUUUCCAGAGAAAGCAAGAUCUUGAACAUCUCCCUCUCGGCAGGAUUACAAAUUUAUAGAUUGUAAUAUUCCAGGCUGAUAGAUGAGAGCAGCAAUUCACUGAGUUGAAAUACUUCUGCAGGAAGAUGUUUGGCAAAGGAGCCAUGAAACCUGGAGAACUGCGCUCCCAACAGAUAAGGCAAGUGCUGAUUUUCUUUGUUUUCCUGGGAGGGACUUUGGUAUGUUCGGAGAUCCAGCGCUAUUCUGUGGCAGAGGAAACGGAGGUGGGCUUCAUUAUCGGCAACGUGUUAAAAGACAUAGGUUCGGGUGUGGAAGAUCUGACUCUGAGGGCAGCCAGGGUCAUCUUUGACAAUUAUAAAACUUACCUGCAGUUGGAUAUGCAAACCGGCAACUUGCUAUUGAAUGAGCAACUGGACCGUGAGGCGCUGUGUGAUCUCACUGAGCCAUGUAUAUUGGCUUUCCAGGUGCUAUUUGAAAAUCCUUUGCAAUUUUUUCGGGCUGAGCUUUGGGUCAAAGAUAUAAAUGAUCACACUCCUACAUUCCUAGAAAAGCACAUUCUUCUGAAAAUCCCAGAAAGUACUUCUCCAGGGACCUCAUUUCAAAUGGAUAGUGCUCAAGACUUGGAUGCAGGAAAGAAUGGUGUCCAAAAUUACACAUUAAGCUCAAAUUCUCAUUUCCAUCUUAAAAUACAAGACAGUGAUGAGGGCCAAAAAUACCCAGAACUGUUACUAGAACAAUCUCUAGACAGAGAAAAGGAGCCAGAGCUAAGAUUAAUACUAACAGCUUUUGAUGGGGGAUCACCCCCCAGGUCUGGAACUGCACUGGUUCGUAUUUUGGUCCUAGAUGUCAAUGACAAUGCCCCCAAGUUUGAAAAGACAGUCUAUGAGGUUCACGUGCCAGAAAACAGCCCUAUAGACUCCUUAAUCCUGAAGGUGUCUGCCACAGAUUUAGAUACAGGCACAAAUGGAGAAAUAGCUUAUUCAUUUUCACAUGUCUCCAGAGACAUUAGGAAAACAUUUGAAAUCCACCAAGUUUCUGGGGAAGUCCACUUAAAAGCAUCUCUGGAUUUUGAGUUAAUCCAAUCUUACACAAUAAAUAUACAGGCCAUUGAUGGUGGCAGCCUUUCAGGAAAAUCAGCAAUUUUAGUUCGAGUUGUAGAUGUCAAUGACAACUCACCAGAAAUACUCAUGACAUCUCUGAGCAGCCCCAUUCCAGAAAAUUCUACUCCUGAAAUGGUGGUCGCUGUUUUUAGCAUCCGAGACCAAGAUACUGGAGACAAUGGGAAGACGAUUUGUUCCAUCCAGGAUGAUCUCCCCUUUUUCUUGAAGCCUACCUUCAAGAAUUUCUACACCGUAGUGACAGAGCGCCCGCUGGACCGAGAGAGCCAGGCAGAGUACAACAUCACCAUCACGGUGACAGAUAUGGGCACCCCCAGGCUGCAAACACAGCACACCAUCACAGUGCUGGUGUCUGACGUGAACGACAACGCCCCCACCUUCAGCCAGCCCUCCUACACCCUGCUGGUGGGCGAGAACAACAGCCCCGCACUGCACAUAGGCAGCGUGAGCGCCACUGACCCCGACGCGGGCAGCAACGCCCAGGUGACCUACUCGCUGCUGCCUUCCCAAGACCCACAGCUGCCGCUCGCCUCGCUGGUGUCCAUCAACGCCGACAACGGGCAGCUGUUCGCGCUGCGCUCGCUGGACUUCGAGGCCGUGCGCGCUUUCGAGUUCAGCGUGGGCGCGUGGGACCGCGGCUCGCCCGCGCUCAGCAGCCAGGCGCGGGUGCGCGUGCUGGUGCUGGACCGCAAUGACAACGCGCCCUUCGUGCUGUACCCGCUGCAGAACGCUUCGGCGCCCUGCAGCGAGCUGGUGCCCAGGGCGGCAGAGGCGGGCUACCUGGUGACCAAGGUGGUGGCGGUGGACAGCGACUCGGGCCAGAACGCCUGGCUGUCUUUCCAGCUGCUCAAGGCCACGGAGCCCGGGCUCUUCAGCGUGUGGGCGCACAAUGGCGAGGUGCGCACUGCGCGGCCGCUCAGCGAGCGCGACGCGCCCAAGCACAGGCUGCUGGUGCUGGUCAAGGACAAUGGGGAGCCGCCACUGUCGGCCAGCAUCACGCUGCACGUGCUGCUGGUGGAUGGCUUCUCGCAGCCCUUCCUGCCGCUGCCCGACGCGCCGCCCGACGCGCCCGACAGUGACCACCUCACUGUCUACCUGGUGGUGGCUUUGGCCUGCGUGUCGUCGCUCUUCCUCUUCUCCGUACUGGUCUUCGUGGCGGUGCGCCUGUGCCGGCGGGCCGGCCCGCCUGCGGGGGGCCCCUACCCGCUGCCCGACGCGCACUUCCCAGGACACCUGCUGGACGUCAGUGGCGCUGGGACCCUGUCGCACAGCUACCAGUAUGAGGUGUGUCUGGCGGGCGGCGCUGGCACUAAUGAGUUCAAGUUCCUCAAGCCUAUCUUGCCAGAUUUCCAGGAUCACGUUACUGGGAAAAAUAGUGAGGAAACCCCCACUCUCCGCAAUAGUUUUGGAUUUAAUUAG